AUGGGGGCCCAUGCUUCCAAGCAUUCAGGCUGGACUCCUCCAGGCGGCAAGGCUUCCGCGGAGCCUUUCCGCCCGAGAGAGGACUCUGAUACCCCUCUUCAAUUUGUUCUAUUAAACUGGAAAGAGUUGAGAGGGAGGAAAGGACUCUCAAAGUCCAAAUUAAGGGACCUUUGCAACAUCUCGUGGGUCGCUUUCACCCACCAUCUAGAGCCGGCCUCCCAAUGGCCACCCCACGGUUCCUUUAAUCUUGUGAAGAUGCAAGCACUUAAGUCGUAUCUAGCAGACGAGAAGCCCCGGCAACUGUAUUAUCUCAAUGCCUUCGUUGAAGCCCGUGAAUUGUUUCAGCGACAGCAGACUCAAAUCGUUCGGCAAAUGGCUGUUUUAAAAACGACCAGGCCUCCCCCAUAUGACGAAAUUAGAACCCAGGAGGAACAAUUGGAUAGAACCCUCGUUUCUUUCUACUACCCCGAACCACAAGCCCCCCGACCGCCUGAAUCCGGGGCAAGAGACAGGACAGGAGCCGAUGGGGGAGGCGGCGCGGGACCCGGGGAAAACGUAAUUAAUCCACCCACCGCUGCCCCCUCUCGAGCCGCACCAAGUGCAUCGUCGCCUAUCCCUUCCACAAGUGCGACCAAUAUAGGAAACCACAUAGAUUCAGACCUAGAACCCACACCUAACGGACAGCUUCUCAACGGAGAAAGGGAGGGACCCGUCUCCAGUAGAACUCGAAAUAGGGAUAAUCUGCCGAACGGCGAAGUAGAGGGAGCCUUUCCCCUAAGAGCAUUGCCUAUACCCCCAACCAGGGCAGGAGACCCACCCCGCAUGGUUUUUACUCACCAACCCUUCCUCACUUCGGACUUAAUGAACUGGUCUGACAAGAUGCCCUCCCUACGGGAUGACCCCGACAAAUGUCACCGCCAGGUGGCCACCAUCUUUUCCACCCACAACCCAACGUGGGCGGAUGUACAUAUGUUACUCGGGGCUCUUUUAACGAGGCAGAAAAGAGGGAAAUACUGA